GAUUAGACAUCUGUUUUGUUCUGUGAUUUGUUAAGUACAUCUGCUAAAUACAAUUGAAUAUAAUUAUUUAAUAGUUUAUUAUACAAAGUACAAUUUCCAAUUGUUUAAUAUCAUAUGAUAUGUAAUAGGAUAUAAAUCUCAUACACAUAUGCAAAUAUGUUUUGAUAACUGUACGAAAAAGAGAAUCGAAUUUGAGCGCGUUUGGUUUUCAAAGGAUUAAGAAUAAUCAUGUUACCUUCAUUAUUUGUUAAAAAUAUUUAUAGAAAAUUAAGUAGACGAUCCAUUCAAUUGAGACACCUGCAUGCGAUAUCGUAUAGGUUUCCUAAAGUACUAAAGUAUGAGACGUAUUGUGGUAUAAAUAAAAAAUCAUGGAGAUUUAUCAAUACGACCAGUAUUGUUCACGACAAAAGUACUCCAAAAGACGAAAAUGACUUAAAGAAACAGUCAUUGGCAAAUGCAGAAUCGACAUCGAAAAGCAUUAUUACACAGAGUACUACUGGGGAUAUAGUAGUGAAAACUGAAACUGAUGAAGAUAAGGUAGUUACAAAAGUGACUAUUGAGAAGGCACCAACCAGUUCUGUUCCUAAACAAAAUACUGCUCCGCCAGUUAAGAAAAGAUUAUUAAUAGAUUUCUCUGCUUCAUAUACCGAGCGUAACUUUAUUACACCAAUGCGGGCCAUGACUGAAUGCCUUUUGAAACAAACUGAUUUAGAAACACUUCCAAAAGUGUUAAGAAGAUCACCAUAUGAAUCAGAGCCGCCAAUAACUGUAUAUUAUAGAAAAGAUGUGGAAGCUAAAGCAAUUGAGGUAUGGGGAUCAAAAGAAGCCUUAGAAAAAGAACUAUUGAGAAGAGAAUUGGACAGGCGGAGAUAUGAACAAGAUGUUUUUACCGUGAAAAGAAGGCUAAGAGACUACAGAAGAGAAAUGGGCCAUAAUCGUCUAAAGCCGGAAGUGGAAGAAAUGGGUUUAAAAACUAGAUCAGGUCGAGUAGUUCUUACUGCUAUUGCAAUAAACGGGUGUAAUUUUUUAUUCAAAUUUUGUGCCUGGUUAUAUACUGGAUCUCAUAGUUUAUUUUCGGAAUGUAUCCACUCUCUUGCAGACACUGUAAAUCAGCUAAUUCUAGCAUAUGGUAUACAUAAAUCUAUUCAAAUGGCUAAUCCAGAUCAUCCAUAUGGCUAUACAAAUAUGAGAUAUGUAUCAUCUUUGAUUUCUGGUGUAGGCAUAUUCUGUGUAGGGAGUGGACUGUCAUUUUAUCAUGGUUUUAUGGGCAUACUGGAUCCACAACCACUUCACGAUUUUUAUUGGGCAUAUUUUGUCCUUGGCGGUGCUGUUGUAUCAGAAGGAGCGACUUUAAUGGUAGCAUUAAGUGCCAUAAGAAAAGGCGCAAAAGAAGCAAAUGUGCCCUUGCACGAGUAUGUUAUGCGCAGUUCAGAUCCGUCAGUGAAUGUCGUACUGUUGGAAGAUACAGCAGCUGUAGCCGGCGUGGUCCUCGCCGCCACAUGUAUGGCCAUAUCGCAAUAUACUGGCAAUCCAUUGCCAGAUGCUAUCGGCAGUCUUUUAGUUGGCACUGUGCUAGCUGGAGUAGCGUCAUUUAUAAUUCUUAGCAAUGUAAAUGCGCUUGUGGGCAGAUCAAUUCCACAAGAGCAACUUGAUGAAAUAAAUAGCGUACUGGAAAGAGACUUUAUGAUUAGAGCCAUACAUGACGUCAAGGGUAUAGAUAUAGGCAGUAACCUCAUUAGAUAUAAGGCUGAAGUUGACUUUGAUGGCAGAGCACUCACACGGUCAUAUUUAGAAAAACAUGAGCUGAAUGUGCUGUUGGAGGACAUGAAAAAAAUUGAUACAAUUGAUGACGUAGAAGCAUUUUUACUGAAACAUGGUGAAAAUAUUGUCGAUAUGUUAGGCGGAGAAAUUGAUAGAAUAGAAUUAAAACUCAGGAAAAAGUUUCCACAAAUUCGGCACUGUGAUUUGGAGAUACUGUAGAGUACACAGCAGGAGUACCUAAUUGGAAUUCAAAUCAAUUUACUCACAUUUUUAAUUUUUAAGAGUAUAUAUUGGCUUCACUAUUUUGUUUUAUGAAUGAUUGUAUUGUUUAUUCUAUUUCGAUUAAGUCAAUGGCCAUAAGCGUAUUUUUGAUAGAAUCUAGUAGAAUAAUGAUUCGUUGAUGAAUUAAAUAACUUGUGUUUUGUACCGUCAUAUAUUUAUUGCUAUAGUAAAAAUUGUUUUAAAAGCUUUAAGUCAAACUUAAUAGGAGUCUAUCGGUUAAUUAAUAUCAUAAUGUUAUUUCAAUACUUUCGUCUUUUUGACUCAAUUAAGAAAAUUAUUUAAAAUAAUGAUUAUUAUUAUAACUAUAUAGUCUGUUGCAAGUUAUAAUUUGGAAUCAAUUUUGGAUGUCCUCGGAGGAUAAAACUAAAUAUCGUCACUUUUUAUUUUAAAAGUCAACAAAUUUGACGCUGAAAAUUGUAACUUGUAAUAAAGGAAAUCUUGUAAUUUGAGUGUAAUUAUUUUUUCUGUAAAACGCACUUUUCAUUGGUGCUUGGCGCUCGUGUGAAGUAACAGACGUACGAGGGUAUAUGGGUAUGUAGUGGGCCAGCUCAAUUUCUUUUUCCCUGUAACAUUAACCACGCCCUUUCUCACCGUCUUUUUGGUAAGCUUUGGUAACCGGUUUACUUCAUUCGUACGAUCCUAUUUCUCGUUCCUGGAGGAAUAUUGGAAUUUUAUUUUUUAUUUACAAUAAGGGAUAGAAAUUAAAUAAGAUUCCUAGUAAUCGCUGAAAAACGAUGUGCGACGAGCCAUGAUCGUGGUACUCCGUUACAAGCUACCGAAGUAGGUUGGGGUGGUGAAUAUCACUUGUUACAUGAAAAACCAGUGUGCAAGUCUCACGUUUCUAGAUCUAGUACGAUUUUGUCUGUUUAUUGAUCAGUCGAUCUGUUUUUUAAUUAUCUUUAUACCUAUUAUUAUUCUUUUAAUCUCUUCAUCUUAAAAUUGAUUCAUCAAGAAGAGAUUAUAAAGUUUGUGAUGUUGAGUAAUACAUAUAAAUUAUGUACAUGUGUUACAAAUAGGUAGGUAUGUACAUAAUAUUUUGUGUACCUAAACUUGCUCUGAUCUGACCCUAUUUUUUUCAGGCAGUAAUUCUAUGUGAAUAUAACAUUUAAAACAAAUAUGUAGGUAAAUUACUGUUAGGUCAGAUCCCCACUGUAAUGUUGGUCUCGUUCCGCUCUUAGUGUAAAUACACUUUUUUUUUACGUAAAAAAUAUUACCAGAUCGAUAGAGCGAACCGAGACGUGUGUAUGGGAUCUUAAUGUUCAAGUACCUAUCUACCUACAUAGAAACAGGCGCAUGAUUAUAAAUGUAGGUAUUAAUAAAUAAUUAAACUAUUAUAAACGCCUAGUUAACAGUCUUUUAUUUUUAGGUAUCUACCCAUUUUACAUGUAUCUACUUGUUUAUAAUAUGGUAAAUUUGAUUUGCGUGUUCCAAUAUUUACAGACGUUAGAACUGAUAUUCCUGUUUUUAAACUUUUGUGAAUUUCUUAUCUACACAAAAUCUUUUUCUGUGAUUUAGUUGUACAUAUUGUUAUGAAAUAAAUCAUUAGGUAAAUUAAGUAUAGACACAGGAAUAAUAUUUGUAAGUUCUGGAUAUUAAUAAAAGUUUUAUUGGUUAAA